UACUGGCACCAGAUCGCACGCUGUACAAAGGAAUAAUGGAGAGCUUGCUCAUGGAUGCAAACAAGUGAAAACCAUGACAAGGGAGGCGUUCUUCAGUAUUCUGAUUCUGGUGAGCUUCUUCUUCAAUGAAGCACCCGGCAAUAUCACGGCCAUGUUUGUCUUUGGGAAUCCGUUGUUGAUAACGGCAACAACGUGUACUUGCCGGAUUCUGAUGCCACGGCCAAUUUUCCGCCGUAUAGGAUUGAUCUUGAAGUUCCGACGGAGAGGUUCACCAAUAGAUGGACCGUGGCCGAUGCUCUUUGACAGCAUCUGGGACUCCCUCAUCGACUUCCCUGUUUCAACGAUCCCACCACCGAAGGAACCAAAAUUUUCAAUGGAGUGAACUACGUAUCCGUUGGCUCCAGGAUUCUCGACUCGCCUACUUUCAAUGGUGUUGGCGCUGGGGUGGAGGCUGGUAUCAAAUUUUAGAACCAUCAACUUUCUAUAUGCGAAAGAGGAGAACAUAAAUGCAUAGGCGACAACACCCUAAGCACCCAAGCAAACCUUCGACAAGAAAUUGGGUUGGGGUUUUGACUCUGUUGUUCUUUGGUGGGAUAAAGAAAUAUUUCUACUGCUCGCUCAACAAAGUUUUUAUUACCUUUGUUUUUUUUUUUUAGUUAAAGAAAUAAAAGAAAAGAAAAAACAUUCACGUUACAUUUUUAUAUUUAAGGCUUUGACUUGCUCUCAAAAUAGUUUCUAUUUGCCAAAAAUAACAUUUCUAACACCUGCACUUUCAUACCAUUCUUUACCAUUCUUCCCAUAAUCUGAUUUAUGUUUCCUUAACAUCCUCAACCAAAAGGAAAGUUUUUUUUUUCCCCUUUCCUGUUGCGCUUGCAGAUGAUAGUAAUACCUCUGAAUCAGCAAAUCAGGAACUUCAGCCGGAGUUGACAUCUCUUGUUGGAAGCAACCUUUCUUCUUCCUUGCCUCCGAGUAUAUUUGUCUUCAACACCGGUGGAAACGAUUACGCCGCUUACUGCUUCCAGAAACACCAUGCUGUUAGCCAGAGUUUACACGGUUACUCACUGGGAAUUUCACCGAGCAACUGAAGGAGAACAAAAAAUUGCUUCUUCCCAAUUGCAUAAAGACACCAAAGCACUGCCAACCACACUGCAAAGUGAAUGAUGGCAGCGAUGACGUUGUUCAUCUUCAUCCUCCUCAGCUCCUCGUGUCUUCUGCAUUGCCUGGAGGAAAAUGGAGCGUCCAAUAUCACAUCCAUGUUUGUUUUUGGGGAUUCGUUAGUUGACAAUGGCAACAAUAUAUUCUUUGCAGUAUCAACAGCCAAGGCCAAUUAUCCGCCUUAUGGCGUUGAUUUUGGCUUUCCGACAGGAAGGUUCACCAAUAACAAAACAGUGGCCGAUGUUCUUGGACAGCUUCUGGGCGUCCCCAAUUUACUUCCUUGCUUCAGUAACCCGAGCACCAAAGGGCCCAUGAUUCUAAGUGGAGUGAACUACGCUUCAUCAGCUUCUGGCAUUCUUGACUCAACCAACUUCAGUACAGAAGUGAUAACAUUCAACCAACAAAUAAGGAACUUUGAGUCAAGAACUCUGCCCGAACUAAGGUCCCUCCUUGGGAAGGAUCUUUCAUCUUAUCUCUCGCGGAGUAUAUUUGCGAUUAAUACCGGCGGAAAUGAUUUUGCAUGUAGUUGUUUUGACGGAACUGCAUGCUAUUUGCCGGAAUUCACGGAGGAACUUCUCGGCAGGUUCACCCAGCAACUAAAGUGGCUAUAUGGUCUGGGAGCCCGGAAAUUUGCGUUACUGUCCAUCCAGGUGAGUGGCUGCACGCCGGCGGCUCGAUUAACAACUACAGACGGCAGCUGCAAUGAAACCUACAAUUUGGCAUCCAUGCAAUUCAACACUCGGCUCAACGCCUCAAUCGAUAGGCUAACCAGAGACAUGCCCGGCUCCCAUUUUGUUUUUGCUAACAGCUACAAAAUCAUCAGCGAGAUGAUUGAUUCUCCCGCCGAUUACGGACUCACGGUGGUUGACAAGCAUUGUUGUACCGUAUCGGGUGCGCUGUGCGAGAAGAAUGGCAGUGUUUGUGAAGAUAGAAACACAUAUCUCUUCUUUGACGGAGGCCAUCCGACCAAUGCAGCAAACUUGAUCCUAGCGAGAAGGAUGUACUUGUCGGACUCCAAGUCCGACGUCUAUCCCUUCAAUAUCAAGCACUUAGCCGACCUCUCCCCAGACCCAGACGCAAGCGGUGCAGGUUUAAGCUCUGAAGCACCAACGAUGGACAUGAUCAAUGAAUUGAGUGUGGAGGGAAGAUCUCAUCCCAUGGCCGCAAUCGGUUUUGCUUUCAUCCCCUCAAUAAAUGGCCGUAGAUCCAUCUUCAAGUGAAUCGGUUGGCGUUCAAUGUCGCUAUUGGUUCCUUUCUUCGAUCUCUUUUUUUUUUGGUCAUGGGGGAGAGAAGCAUGGGAAGAUUAGAAUUACCGUAUGAUACUUUUUUCUUGUUACAAUUAGAGAACAAUUUUAUCUUAUUAAUUUCAAUACUUGCUACA